GCAAGUAGACCGGGGCUCUGGGGGGUGGGGGUUGCAGUGGAAGGGAGGAGGAGGGGGCGGUAGAGGAGGUGCUGCGGGCGGGUAGCGCGCGGGAGCUGCAGGCAAGCUGGCUCAGACCUUAACCGGAGUGCUCGCCGGCUCCUAGCAGCUUCUGAAACGCCUCGGCAAGGGAGGACGUGCGGGCCAAAGCAGCAGCUGGCUGAGACGCGACCUGCGUGGGAUUGGCGGAGUACAAGCCACGGGCUGGGGCUGCGAGCGCCGGGGGAGCCGUAAAGACACCCGCAGCACCUCCGGCCAUUCCGGAACGCACGCGGUCGCUAGCACUGCGGGAUCAAGGGCUGCGCUGGCCAGAGGCCGCCCCUGACUGGCCUCCCUGCUCUGCUGUCGGGCGUUCCCUGCCCCGCUCGUGCUGCCAGCUCGCCAACUCUUCCGGGAGGCCGGGGCAUGAACGGCUACGGCUCCCCCUAUCUGUACAUGGGCGGCCCGGUGUCGCAGCCUCCGAGGGCGCCCCUGCAGCGCACACCCAAGUGCGCGCGCUGCCGCAACCACGGCGUGCUGUCUUGGCUGAAGGGCCACAAGCGCUACUGCCGCUUCAAAGACUGCACCUGCGAAAAGUGCAUCCUCAUUAUCGAGCGGCAGCGGGUCAUGGCGGCGCAGGUGGCACUGCGCCGGCAGCAGGCCAACGAAAGCCUUGAGAGCCUCAUCCCGGACUCGCUGCGAGCCCUGCCGGGACCCCCGCCAUCCGGGGACACCGCUGCGGCCGCUGCCCCGCAGCCGCCACCAACCUCGCAGCCGUCUCAGCCGCCGCGCCCCGCCGCCGAGUUGGCUGCCGCCGCCGCGCUGCGCUGGGCUGCCGAGCCCCAGCCCGGGGCGCUGCAGGCGCCGCUGGCCAAGUCAGAUUUGACUGAAGAGCGACUUGGGGACAGCAGCAUGGCAGACAACACAGAGACCUUCAGCGACAAAGACACCGACCAGAGGAGCUCCCCAGAUGUUGCAAAAAGUAAGGGCUGCUUCACCCCCGAGAGCCCUGAGAUAGUGUCGGUGGAUGAAGGUGGGUAUGCAGUCCAGAAAAACGGCGGCAACUCCGAGAGCCGCUCUGACAGUCCCAAGUACCAUGGGGAACAGAAUCAUCUCCUGAUCGAGGGCCCCUCAGGGACCGUGUCUCUGCCCUUCAGCUUGAAAGCCAACAGACCCCCACUGGAAGUGUUAAAGAAAAUAUUCCCCAACCAGAAGCCCACGGUGCUUGAGCUGAUCCUGAAGGGCUGUGGGGGAGACCUGGUGAGCGCCGUGGAGGUCCUGCUCUCUAGCCGAUCCUCAGUCUCCGGGGCUGACCGAACUUCAGCAGAGCCCGAGAGUCUGGUGUUGCCCUCCAAUGGGCACAUCUUCGAACACACCUUGAGCUCCUACCCCAUCUCCUCUUCCAAAUGGUCAGUGGGGUCAGCCUUCAGAGUCCCAGACACCUUGAGGUUUUCUGCUGACUCGAGUAACGUUGUCCCCAACCCCUUGGCCGUCCCCCUGCAGCACCCUUUCCCCCAGCCACCCCGGUACCCACUCAUGCUGAGGAAUACUUUGGCAAGAAACCAGUCGAGCCCGUUUUUGCCCAACGAUGUCACCCUGUGGAACACCAUGACGCUGCAGCAGCAGUACCAGCUGAGGUCCCAGUACGUCAGCCCGUUCCCCAGUAACUCUGCCAGCGUCUUCCGAAGCUCGCCUGUCCUCCCCACUCGCACCCCAGAAGACCCUCGGAUCUCCAUCCCUGAUGAUGGCUGUCCGAUUGUGUCAAAGCAGUCCAUUUACACUGAGGAUGACUAUGACGAGAGGUCUGACUCCUCAGACUCCAGAAUACUCAACACAUCAUCUUAAAGUGGCACCAGAUGGGAGGUGACCAGGCGACAUGUUCUGUGCAUUUGAAGCCUGGCGGGGGGACCCUGAGGAGAGGCCACAUCCUAUGUACACCUUUUCCUUCUGUUUGACAGAGUGACUGUGCUUGAUUCUGUACCUUAGCAAUAAAAGCAUAACUUAUUUAAUUUCUUGCACUUCACUGGAAAAUGCCAAAUAGCUCUGCUCUGUGGCUUUAGUGCUAAAUGUUCAUUGUAAAAGAAAGUCUAAUGCUAAGAAUAGUCUAGGGAAAGCUGGGUCCACGGGAGAUUUAUUUGGGGAUGUAAAGCUGAAGGUCAGAAUGUUCAAUAAAAUAGUAUACUUGAAUGCAGUUUUGUAAACGAGGAUUCCUCAGGAUAUGUGAAACCUAAAGGAAGCGGUUCAAUUGCAAAUGGACUAUAAACAGAGACAUUAUAUUCUUACGCUAAAAAUCCUUCUUGCAUUUUAAAGAGUGACUGCACGUAAGAAUAGAGCAAACUGCUCACAUGCUUAUUUAAGCCUGGACGGUUUUCAGAGAGACUCCAUUAAGAAUUAUUCUUUUCACAUGGCUGAAUCGAAACAUGUGUAAUGUCAAUGUAAAACCAAUCACAGCUGUGAACUGCAUGAAAUGUAUUGUGAAAUGAACACAAGAUUAAGCUUUGUCAGGUUAAUGUAGCAUGCUGAAGACUCUAGAAGAAAUAAACUAAGGAGAUGAUUUUGGUUUAUGUCAUUUCUGCUGUGGAAAGAGGAUCUCUAAAAAUAGAAACCUGA